GGUGGCUCCCGGGGCUCCGCCCCCCGCGUCGCUGCGCCGGGUUGUCCUCCGGACUUAAGUAGUUGGGGUCAGCCGGGCGGUGACCAGGUCUAGGAUGGCUUCGAACUCGGGGGACAGUGGGACCCUGUGCACGUUGGAGUUCGCGGUACAGAUGACCUGUCAGAGCUGCGUGGACGCGGUGCGCAAGUCCCUGCAAGGGGUGGCAGGUGUCCAGGGUGUGGAGGUGCAGCUGGAGAACCAGAUGGUCUUGGUGCAGACCACUCUGCCUAGCCAGGAGGUGCAGGCGCUCCUGGAAGGCACUGGGCGGCAGGCCGUACUCAAGGGCAUGGGCAGCAGCCAGCUGCAGAAUCUGGGGGCAGCAGUGGCCAUUCUGGGGGGCCCUGGCACCGUGCAGGGGGUGGUGCGCUUCCUACAGCUGACCCCUGAGUGCUGCCUCAUCGAGGGAACCAUUGAUGGCCUAGAACCUGGGCUGCAUGGACUCCACGUCCAUCAGUAUGGUGACCUCACGAGGAACUGCAGCAGCUGUGGGGACCACUUUAACCCUGAUGGAACGUCUCAUGGAGGCCCCCAGGACUCUGACCGGCACCGCGGAGACCUGGGCAAUGUCCAUGCUGAUGCUGAUGGCCGAGCCGUCUUCCGGAUAGAGGAUGAGCUGCUGAAGGUAUGGGACGUGAUUGGUCGCAGCCUGGUUGUCGAUGAGGGAGAAGAUGACCUGGGCCGGGGUGGCCACCCCUUAUCCAAGAUCACAGGGAACUCAGGGGAAAGAUUGGCUUGUGGCAUCAUCGCACGCUCUGCUGGCCUUUUCCAAAACCCCAAGCAGAUCUGCUCCUGUGACGGCCUCACCAUCUGGGAGGAGCGAGGCCGGCCCGUUGCUGGCGAGGGCCGAAAAAACUCAGCUCAGCCCCCUGCUCACCUCUAAGCAGGGCCUCACCUGGGGUCUGUUCUGUCCUCCCUGCUGAGCACCUUCCCCCUGCAGAGGAAGAGGAGCGAAUCCUGCUUGCUCAGUCUUAGGAGGGUUAUUGUGAAGUUCCUUUGGCAAAUUAAACUUUUAUUUUCAUAUGGAA